AUGGAGGAGUUUCUAGGACAGAAAGACCCCUUCAAGGACGGUGGAGAACUAAAGAGCGUCAAAGCUGAACUUAAAGAGGAAGAAGAGACCUAUGGUGAAGAACUGAAAAACAUCAAAGUUGAGGUUAAAAAGGAAGAAGAAGAGAUCUAUGUGACGGGAGCUCAGCAGUCUAUGGAGGAGGAUGGACACUAUGUCUGGAAGAACGUCUCUUCAGAAUAUAAAGCAGACGAUGACGAGCUCACACAACAUUCUCCGGGAACUGUUACUCCAGAUGCACAUCUGAGACCUCACAAUGAGGAGAGGUCGACAGAUCCAUCUAAUCCCAAGGAAUCGUCCUCAAGCCAUGAAGGAAAUCACACAGGAGAGAAUUCACUGUCAUGUCCAGUGUGCGGGAAAUCCUUCCAAAAAACCAGCACACUUCUUAGACACCAGAGAAGACACACGAGUAAGUGUUCCUUUUCAUGCUCUGAGUGCGAGAAAUGUUUUACAGCGAAAUCAAGUCUUCUUAAACACCAGAGAAUUCACAUGGGUGAACGUCCUUAUUCAUGUUUAGAGUGCGGGAAAUCUUUCACUGAGAAAAGAAAACUUCUUGCACACCAGAGAGUUCACACGGGUGAGCGCCCGUAUUCAUGUUCAGAGUGCGGGAAAUCUUUCACUGAUAAAGGUAAUCUUCUUAAACACCAGAAGAAUCACACAGGUGAGCGUCCUUAUUCAUGUUUAGAGUGCGGAAAAAGUUUCAUUCAGAAAGGAAACUUUCUUAUUCACCAGAAACUUCACACGGGUGAGCGACCCUAUUCCUGUUCAGAGUGCGGGAAAUGUUUCACUGAGAAAAGAAAACUUCUUGCACACCAGAGAGUUCACACGGGUGAGCGCCCGUAUUCAUGUUCAGAGUGCGGGAAAUCUUUCACUGAUAAAGGUAAUCUUCUUAAACACCAGAAGAAUCACACAAGUGAGCGUCCUUAUUCAUGUUUAGAGUGCGGGAAAGCUUUCAAAAAAACCUAUCCACUGCUUAGGCACCAGAGAAUUCACACAGGUGAGCGUCCUUUCCCAUGCUCUGAGUGCGAGAAAAGUUUCACAGAGAAAGCAGGUCUUGUUCUACACCAGAGAAUUCACACCGGUGAGCUUCCCUAUUCAUGUUUGGAGUGCGGAAAAAGUUUUUCUGAGAAAAGAAAACUUGUUGUACACCAGAGCUUUCACACGGGUGAGUGUCCAUAUUCAUGUUCUGAGUGCGGGAAAACUUUCACCCUGAAAGAAGGCCUUCUUAAACACCAGAAGUAUCACACGGGUGAGCGUCCUUAUUCCUGUUCGGAGUGCGGGAAAGCUUUCACUCUGAAAGGAGAUCUUGUUAGACACCAGAGAAUUCACACGGGUGAGCGUCCUUACGCAUGUCCAGAGUGUGAGAAAUGCUUCGCUCACAAUGUAAGUCUUCGUAAGCACCAGAGAAGUCAUACGGGAGAGCGUCCUUACUCAUGUUCGGAAUGUGGGAAAUCUUUCAUUCAGAAAGGACACCUUGUGAAACACCAGAUGAUUCACACAGAUGAGUGUCCUUAUUCAUGUUCAGAGUGCGGGAGAUGUUUCAGAUGGAAAAGUGCACUUGUUCCACACCGGAGAAUUCACAUGGGUUAG